GCUGGAAUUCCCCCCGCCGCAGGGGAGGAAAGGAGGGUCCGGAGCAGGUUUGCAUUUCAAGGGGGCAGACGCAGCCUUGCAGACUCUCUGGAGCCGGAGCUGCAGACAUUUGCCAGACGUGUGAACUUUGCUCCUCCCUGACAGCUGCUAUCUCUUCCCCCCUUCCUACUUUGAUGUGGAUUCACACUUGCAAACGAGCCCGCGAGGGCGGCCCCCUGUAAAUAAGAGGCGAGCCCCCCCCCUACCCCCCUGCCCUUCCCUCCAGCCUAGUAGCGCCAGCCAGGCGGAGGGAGCUGCGGGCGGCCGCCACUCGCUAUGGGAGAGGCCCCCUUCUCCAUGCCCUUCCCGGCCCAGCCCGGUAGCGAAAAGCCAAGGCCGAUGCGCAGGCCUCACAUCUGCUGCGUGCCCCCUCCACGGGCUCCCACCUCCUUCAGCCGGAGUCUCCGCCUGGCCCGAGCCAAGCCCAGAGGGGGAGCAUCGGCCGGGGGGCAGCUACCAGCCAGCGGCCAGUGCCGAGAGCCGCUGCGCGAGACCGCGGUCCAGGAGCUGCCCAGCGCCCGAGCAGCUCCCGAGGGCGGCUGGCUGAGCGCGGACGAGUCCUCCGGCUACGAGAGCGAAAGCGGCGCCUCCCGGGCCCCCUCGCCGUCCGGAGAGGCCGAGCCCCUGGCGCGCAGGGCGCGCACCGCCUUCACGCCGGAGCAGGUAGGCAGGCUGGAGCGGACCUUCCAGCGGCAGAGGUAUUUGGGGGCGGCGGAGAGGAGGAAGCUGGCGACCGCUCUGCACCUGUCCGAGAUUCAGGUGAAAACCUGGUUCCAGAAUCGCAGGAUGAAAUUUAAGAGGCAAAUGCAAGACCACCAUCAUACCCUCAUGUCUUCAAAUCCCUUCUAUGGCUGUAAACAAGGGACCCUGCCGAAUAUGUUACUGGAUUAUUCCCACUACCUUAGUCCACAGCAAAGACUUCUGCCUUUUACCUCUAAUUCUGCUUUGCAAACCAACUCUUCCUUUCAAAUCUGUGGCUCCCCAAACCCAUGGUAUCCACUUAGGGCACAUGAUCUAUCUUUUUCCCAACACUUCCUACCACAAGGCUCUGUUCAUCCAGUUUUACAGAACAAAAUGGAUAACAAUUUAAUCCUCUUCAAACAUUAUAACCAAGGUGGAAGAUAUGAGUGUGUUAUCUAAUACCCUACGUGUGAUUCAAUUGUACAUAAAACGUUUGUAGAAGUGUAUAUUUUAUUAUAAAGUUUAAAUAUAAA